UCUACUCGGAACUCGUCGGGAGUUCGCUCCAUCGGCUUCGUGAUGCAGCUGCAGCUAGGUGUAGUCGUUGGUUUCGUAGCGGCACUACUUUGUCCGCUGGUGGUCCUAGCCAGUCCCACCCGGGUGUGUCCGGCAGAUCCCUCACAGGAAGCGGCAGCCGUGGCCACCGGCUGGCUUCCGAGAACUCCGGAGCAAACACUGUACGCGUACGUGCGCUGCCUGAACGACUCGUCGGCCAGCAUCGAGAUGAAGAUACGGUGGGUAAUGUGGCAACCGGACACUUCGCCCGAGAGCCAGUGCUACGUGAAGUGUGUCAGCGAGAACCUGCGGCUGUACGACCGGAUGCGGCGCCAGUUUGCACCGGAGCGGUUCGAGCAGCAAGCCCGUGCCUUCCACGAUGAGCCGGAAGCGCCGGAAAUGCGCCAGAUGUACGACGACGCCCGUCGUCUGCUGGUGGGCGAACUGACGGACAACGAGUGUGGCACGGUGUUCGCCAAGUACGCCCCGUUCUACGCCACCCACCAGGAGCACAUACUGGCCAUCUUUCACGGCGAUCUACGCAAGAUCCUUGCCACGUACCGGCGGCUCGGGACGCACGUGAAGCAGAUCGGCCAAAGCUUCGUCGACUACUGCGAGAAGCGGUACGGGUUCCGCUGGACCGAGCAAGUCCAGUUCAACUGCCCGAACAGGACCGCCGUCGACUGUGUGCUUCGCGGGUUCCGCUGGAUCACGGAAGAGGGCGCUAUCAAUGACGCCGAGAUCGUGCGUGAUUUCAAGAGUGCCGGCCAAUCGGUGGACGAACUGGACAAGUGCACCGACCCCGAGCAGCUGUACGUGUGUUUGCGAGCGCACGAUUCAACGGCCCUUGCGAUCGUAAUACACGAACGAAACGCACAGACUGCGUACUACUUCGACCAGACGUCCCAGGAGGAGCCGUGGAAGUCGGCCGUGCAGUACGGAAACUCGCGUCUACACGAAGAGUCAUAGCCGGGCGAUGGUUGCCACACCGCCGAAGAAGUCAAGAAGUCUCUAUAGUCACCUUCUUCACUAUACUCUCAGCCAUUAACAGCCAUUAAGAUCAUCUAUCGAUUCCGAUUACCAAUAAAUCAGUUCAUCAAU